CCUGCGUAUUGAUGUUGACCCAAAACAUCAAUAAACUCAAGUUUCUCGCUUAAAUCCUUAUUACACUCACUGUUUUAUGCCGUAAUGCCGCCAAAACCCCUUUUUUCCGGCGCCCCAACCGUGCAAACCCCCCAAGUGUUGUGAUUUGCACCCGACCUAACCUCACUCCGCGAUGGGCAUCGAUUUCGAUAUUUUGGAGCACUGUAAGAAAGUGCGAGCCGACCAUGGGCCCCCAUACACGUGUCCUAUAGAAAAGUGCGGGCGGACGUACAAAUCGGUGUGUGGGUUACAGUACCAUUUGAAGAGUUACGACCAUGAUAACCCAACUCCCUUGCCGCCAUGCACCCCCAGUACCCCCAAGAGUAAGAAAGGUAGGGCAAGAGCGACGCCGGCUGCGGUCCCAUCGGCUCCAAGUGUGCCCGAACCUUUGACUUUUGAAGAGGCCCAGAAGAUGGUACAGUUUGAUAUCAAUGGGCAGGUUUUGCGGUGGAAUAUUAACGAUGCGUUGGAUAUGGUGGUGAAGGAGGACUUGUCGGAUGAUGACGUGCCGGAUACUGGACGGUUUGAGCAAGCCCAAGAGCCUUCAGCACAAUUGCCUGAAGCCAGUUUCAAAGAACUCGACAAUUAUAACAUCUGUGACGCCCCCCCACGUCCCAAUGCAUACAUCAGGUUUAUAGAGAAGAGUGUAGAGGAGUUGGAUGGAGAGGUUGAAUAUGAUGUUGAUGAGGAAGACACCACUUGGUUGACUUUAAUGAACGAAAAACGCGAAACUGCAGGUCUCAACCCCGUCUCUGUGGACUCUCUGGAACUCUUAAUGGACCGUUUAGAGAAAGAGUCGUAUUUUCAGGUCUAUCACGUAAAUGGUCAGGCUUCAGUUAACGGUCACACGGGGGCUGUCGUCGACGACGAUGCCGUCUGUUGCAUUUGCAUGGAUGGCGAGUGUCAAAACACUAAUGUUAUUUUAUUUUGCGACAUGUGUAACCUUGCGGUCCACCAGGACUGCUAUGGGGUCCCCUACAUCCCCGAAGGACAGUGGCUUUGCCGCCGUUGUCUCCAAUCGCCCAGUCGGGCCGUUGAUUGUGUCCUGUGCCCCAAUCAAGGAGGCGCUUUCAAACAAACCGACAGGGGGCACUGGGCACACGUUGUUUGUGCUCUGUGGAUCCCCGAAGUGCGGUUUGCUAAUACUGUUUUUCUUGAACCUAUCGAUUCCAUUGAAACCAUUCCAGCAGCAAGAUGGAAGCUGACUUGUUACGUGUGCAAACAGAGGGGCGUGGGGGCGUGUAUACAGUGUCACAAGACCAAUUGCUAUUCGGCGUUUCAUGUCACGUGUGCGCAACAGGCGGGGCUUUACAUGAAAAUGGACACAGUGAAGGACACGGGGGAUUCACAGCCGGUCCUCGUACAGAAAAUAGCCUACUGUGAUGUGCAUGCGCCGGCUGAAAGCAGUGAGGCGAAAAAAGAAGACGCCCGUCAAAAAAUGAAAAAAGCUCGCAAAAUGCUAGCGAAAAAACGAACAUCGGCUCCGGUUAUUCUCAUUCCGACCAUUCCUCCGGACCGGAUUCAAGAAAUCGGUGCUUUGGUGACGAUAACGAAAAAAUCGCAAUUUAUUCAACGUUUGAUCGCCUAUUGGACGUUAAAGCGGCAAUUUCGAAACGGUGUGCCCCUCUUGAGACGUCUCCAGAGUGCCCAAGGGGGCCCUCGAGACUCCAAUACGAGCAAUGUUGAUACAAUCGAACUGUGUAGGCAGUUGAAAUAUUGGCAGUGUUUGAGACAGGAUCUGGAACGGGCCAGGUUGCUUUGCGAAUUGGUCCGAAAGCGCGAAAAAAUCAAACUCGAAUCGAUAAAAAUCUCCGAAAAGUGUCUAAAAAUUCAGCUGAAGCCUCUCGAGGCGAGUUUACGCCUCGUCCUUGAUCUCGUAGCCGCCAAGGACACCAACGAGAUAUUCAGCGAACCCGUCGACCUUGAGGAGGUACCAGACUAUACCACUGUGGUAUCCGAGCCCAUGGAUUUGAGUACCAUGAGAAAAAAACUCGACGAUGGUCUAUAUCCUGACCUAACCUCCAUGGAGAAAGAUUUCGAUUUAAUGAUCGCCAAUUGUCUCGCUUAUAAUAACCGAGAUACAGUUUUCUACCGAGCGGCCAUAAAAAUGCGCGAUCAAUGUGGCGCCAUCUUUCGUCAAGCUCGCAAAGAACUGGAAGCUUGCGGUCUAUUGAACGAAGCGAGUGGCGAAAAUUCGGCAUCGGGGAAUGAGGAGGCGCUUGCGUCCGAUAUCGAUAAAGAAUUGGAGAGUUUACAAGGGAAGGUGGGGCCUGAUGUGAUCACGAAAUUGGAAGAGUUAUUGGUCAAAAGUCAGGCCCUUAAACACGGAUUGGCCAGAGCGAAAAGAGUGAAAGUGGUGAGGAGCGAAUUGAAUAAGGCUAAGAAAAAUUUGGCCAAUACGGAUAGCUCGCAGUCGGACGGAGAGAACGAGGGGGGCGGAGACUCGAAGAAUAGUUCCCAAAGUUCAGGUGUGUCGCCAGGCGGCGUCAAUCGCCGUACUGCGGUUCUUUUCACCCGCAAGGCGCAGGCGGCGUUGAAAAAACCAACAGAAGAAAAAGGAGACAAGGAGACUCCACCCCCAGAAGCCCCCAAACCGAAGAAGAAAGGUCGUCCUAGACGUAAUCCUGAGACGACUGUGGGCUCCACCGUCAACGCGAAAAAGCUCGAAUCAGUCCCCGACAGUUUCAAGGUGUACCGCGCCGGCCAUCAGACCUCCGCUGACGAAAACAGUGACAGUGGCACAAGUCUAUCAACAUGUUAUUCGCACGAAUUGUCCGAAAUCGAUUCGGAGGAUGACAGUAAUUCGGACACGGUGCCCGAAAAUUCGGAUCUCGUGUCCGAAAAAAUCGAAUUGAAACCUUUGCAACUAGUGUGGGCGAAAUGUAGAGGGUAUCCGUGGUACCCCGCGUUGAUAAUCGACCCAGAAAUGCCCAAAGGACACGUACAUAAGGGGGUACCGAUACCCUCGCCCCCGGCCGAAGUUUUAGCCUUGAAGUCGAAUUAUACCGAACUUGUGUACUUGGUGUUGUUUUUUGAUGCGAAGAGGACGUGGCAGUGGUUACCGGCCGAGAAAUUGGAGAUUUUGGGAAUUGACAGGGAGAGGGACGAGGCGAAGACAAAUGAACCGAGGAAACCUGCUGACAGGAAAGCAGUGAAAAAAGCCUACGAGAAUGCCCUACAAUAUGAAUCCCAAGUUAACGGACCGGACGCAUCAGAGGCGGCGGCGUAAAUUUGACAUUUCAAAUGUCACUUUAUUUUAUUCCAGAUCUCGUUGUAAAAUUUAAGAUUUUAAAUAAAUAAAGAAAUGAUUAAU